AUGGAACUUGCAGAUCGUUUUGUUCUUAGUUGCUCAAAAGUAGCAGAAUUCCACAAUGGUAAAACAGUUACUAUCCAAUAUUGCAUAUUUAAUUUUUCUCUUUUGUUUUAGGCUCUGGAUGUUGAUCGAACUGUUCUCUAUAAAAUGAAGAAGUCGGUCAAAGCCAUAAAUAUAUCUGGUCUGGCUCACGUGGAAAAUGAAGAACAGUAUACACAAGCACUGGAGAAAUUUGGAGGCAACUGUGUUUGCAGGGAUGACCCAGAUUUGGGAACAGCAUUUUUAAAAUUUUCUGUGUUUACAAAGGAAUUAACUGCACUCUUCAAAAAUUUGAUUCAGAAUAUGAAUAAUAUAAUCACUUUUCCAUUGGACAGUUUGCUGAAGGGAGAUUUGAAAGGAGUAAAAGGGGACUUGAAAAAACCCUUUGAUAAAGCUUGGAAGGACUAUGAAACAAAAGUUACAAAAAUAGAGAAGGAGAAAAAAGAGCAUGCUAAGCUGCAUGGGAUGAUCCGUACAGAAAUAAGUGGAGCUGAAAUUGCAGAAGAGAUGGAAAAAGAAAGAAGGUUCUUCCAGUUACAGAUGUGUGAGUACCUGCUGAAAGUCAAUGAAAUCAAGAUUAAAAAAGGAGUGGACUUGCUUCAGAACUUGAUCAAGUAUUUUCAUGCUCAGUGCAAUUUCUUUCAGGAUGGUUUAAAAGCAGUUGAAAGUCUCAAGCCUUCAGUUGAGACACUCUCGACAGAUCUCUAUACAAUUAAACAAGCACAAGAUGAGGAAAGAAGACAAUUAACACAGCUUAGAGAUAUUUUAAAAUCAGCACUCCAGGUUGAUCAGAAAGAGGAAUCUCAGAUUCGUCAGAGUACAGCUUAUAGUUUACAUCAGCCUCAGGGAAACAAGGAGCACGGCACUGAACGAAAUGGUAGUCUGUACAAGAAAAGUGAUGGAAUCAGAAAAGUGUGGCAGAAAAGGAAGUGCUCAGUUAAAAAUGGUUUUCUUACAAUUUCCCAUGGUACAGCAAACCGACCUCCAGCAAAGCUCAAUCUGUUAACCUGCCAAGUGAAAACAAACCCAGAGGAGAAAAAAUGUUUUGACCUCAUAUCACACGACAGGACAUACCACUUCCAAGCAGAGGAUGAACAGGAAUGUCAAAUAUGGACAUCUGUGCUACAAAACAGCAAAGAGGAAGCUUUAAAUAAUGCAUUCAAAGGAGAUGAUAACACAGGAGAAAAUAAUAUUGUCCAGGAACUGACAAAAGAAAUUAUAUCUGAAGUCCAGAGGAUGACUGGAAAUGAUGUGUGUUGUGACUGUGGAGCACAAGAUCCUACCUGGCUUUCAACAAAUUUGGGAAUUCUAACUUGCAUUGAAUGCUCAGGAAUCCAUAGAGAACUCGGUGUUCACUAUUCCCGAAUGCAGUCACUUACAUUAGAUGUGCUGGGAACAUCCGAACUUCUGCUUGCAAAGAAUAUUGGGAAUGCUGGGUUUAAUGAGAUUAUGGAAUUCUGUCUGCCAGCUGAUGAGAUGGUCAAACCUAAUCCGGGCAGUGAUAUGAAUGCAAGAAAAGAUUACAUUACUGCCAAGUAUAUUGAGAGAAAAUAUGCAAGGAAAAAGCAUGCUGACAAUGCAGCUAAAUUACAUGCUCUUUGUGAAGCAGUCAAAUCAAGAGACAUUCUUGGAUUAGUCCAAGUAUAUGCUGAUGGUGUGGAUCUCACAGAAAAAAUUCCACUGGCCAAUGGCCAUGAGCAAGAUGAAACAGCACUCCACCUUGCUGUGAGGUCAGUUGAUCGAACAUCCCUUCAUAUAGUUGACUUUUUAGUGCAGAAUAGUGGCAAUCUAGAUAAGCAAACAUGUAAAGGUAGCACAGCCCUGCAUUAUUGCUGCCUGACGGACAACGUUGAGUGCCUCAAACUGCUGCUGAGAGGGAAGGCUUCUAUUGAAAUAGCUAAUGAAUCAGGAGAGACACCACUUGAUAUAGCUAAACGUUUAAAACAUACUCACUGUGAAGAGCUGCUUACUCAAGCACUGUCCGGAAGAUUUAAUUCUCAUGUUCAUGUAGAAUAUGAAUGGCGGUUACUCCAUGAAGAUCUGGAUGAAAGUGAUGAUGAUGUUGAUGAAAAGCUGCAGCAACCCAGUCCCAAUCGGAGAGAGGACAGGCCUGUCAGCUUCUAUCAACUGGGAUCAAACCAACUUCAGCCUAAUGUGGCAUCCUUGGCAAAAGAUGCAGCAAACAUUGCUAAGGAUAAGCAAAGAGGAUUUAUGCCAAGUUUAUUACAGAAUGAAACAUAUGGAGCAAUACUCAGUGGCAGCCCACCUUCCAUUCAGCCUACAGUGCCUGUUACAAGUAGUGCACCUCCUCUACCUCCAAGGAAUAUCAGCAAAGUUCAGCCUUCAGUUCUUGGCAGUGGUAUUCAGACAAUUUCUUCAUCUAAUGCAAUGUGGAAGACAAAUUCUUUAGGAGUGGAAAGUAUAAGCAGGCAGAGGUCUUCAUCAGAUCCACCAGCUAUUCAUCCCCCUGUGCCGCCAUUGCGUGUAACAUCUACAAAUGUGCUUUCUCCAGCACCACCGCCUCCUGUGGCAAAGACUGCCAGCAUUAUAGAAGCUUUGAACCAGCAAUCUAAACAGCAACCAGCUCCUCCACAAACCAAGCCAACCCCACCACCACUGCCCCCACAACCUCCUAGCAGAAUCUCCCAAAGAAAGCCUGUCCCUGGGACUGAGAAACCAGCUGGCUUAACUAACAAAGGGCAGUCCAGAGGACUUGGGUCUCUACAGCAACCUGCAGCAGGAGAGUCUGUAUGUGAGAUUCCAGUAACACAAACUGGUUCUACAACAAAUACUUUGGCACAAAUCCAGCCACCAGCACCAAUGCCAAGGAAAUCACAAAUAUCAAAAACUAAACCCAAGAGAGUAAAAGCAAUUUACAACUGUGUAGCAGAUAACCCAGAUGAGCUAACUUUUUCAGAGGGAGAUAUUAUUGUAGUUGAUGGUGAAGAAGAUCAGGAGUGGUGGAUUGGACAUAUUGACGGAGAUCCCAGUCGGAAAGGAGCUUUCCCUGUAUCAUUUGUGCACUUUAUUGUUGACUAAAUUGCUACUGAUAAAUGGAGACGUUUCUCAUUCCCAGCGGUCACAGGAAUAAGUUUUGCUGUAUUUAAUUUCAUCUGCCUAUCUACAGACACCUUACCAGAGCACUGCCCAAGUCCUAGGUACUGUAGCUUACUUUUUUAUUGCCAUGGUUCUGAUUUUGGGACUUCUAAAACUUUUUCUAUGUGAAAGCUUCUCUUGAGGAGUUUACACUUUAAAAAAAAA